AUGGCCGAUAACCGAUCUGACUCCGAAGGUGGCUCCCGAGCAAAGCGCCAGAAGAUGGAUGCCGGCGACCCGAAGAACAACCCCUACCUCGCUCACAUGUACGAGAACGACAAUGCCUCCGAAAGCACGGCUCUGGCCAAGUUCAAGCGACACCAGACCACCUCGGCGAUGGCGCAAAAGGCUGAGGAUGGCGACAUCAACCCUUUCAGCGGCCGACCAUUCUCCAGCAAAUACUUCUCCAUUCUGAAGACCCGUCGUGAUCUCCCGGUCCACGCGCAACGUGAUGAGUUCCUUCAGAUGUACCAGCAAUCCCAGAUUCUUGUCUUCGUUGGUGAGACUGGUUCCGGAAAGACCACACAGAUCCCACAAUUCGUCCUCUAUGAUGAUCUCCCGCAAACCCAGGGUAAGAUGGUAGCUUGUACGCAACCCCGUCGUGUGGCUGCCAUGUCCGUCGCACAACGUGUCGCAGCUGAAAUGGAUGUCAAGCUUGGAGAGGAAGUUGGUUACAGUAUCCGUUUCGAGGAUAUGACCGGCCCAAAGACCAUCAUGAAGUACAUGACUGAUGGUAUGCUUCUGCGCGAGGCUAUGCAUGACCACAACCUGUCCCGCUACAGCACAAUCAUGCUUGACGAGGCUCACGAGAGAACCAUGGCCACCGAUAUUCUGAUGGGUCUUCUGAAAGAAGUUGUGGGGCGUCGUCCUGACUUGAAGAUUAUUAUUAUGUCUGCUACUCUCGAUGCGCAAAAGUUCCAGCGCUACUUCAUGGAUGCACCCCUUCUCGCAGUUCCCGGCCGUACCCACCCUGUCGAAAUCUUCUACACACCCGAACCAGAGCAAGACUACGUUGAGGCCGCUGUCCGGACAGUUCUGCAAAUCCACGCCACCGAACCUGAGGGAGAUAUCCUGCUGUUCCUGACUGGUGAGGAAGAGAUUGAGGAUGCUGCGCGUAAGAUUGCGCUUGAGGGAGAUGAGAUGGUUCGGGAAGCCGACGCGGGUCCUAUCAAGGUCUACCCAUUGUACGGCAGUCUUCCUCCACACAUGCAACAGCGCAUCUUCGACCCUGCGCCCCCUCCUCGCCGACCAGGCGGUCGCCCCGGACGCAAGGUCAUUGUGUCCACCAACAUCGCCGAAACAUCUUUGACCAUCGAUGGUAUUGUCUAUGUCGUGGAUCCUGGAUUCUCCAAGCAAAAGAUUUACAACCCCCGUAUCCGUGUCGAGUCCCUCCUUGUUUCUCCCAUCUCCAAGGCCUCCGCGCAGCAGCGAGCUGGUCGUGCCGGUCGUACACGUCCCGGAAAGUGCUUCCGUCUUUACACUGAGGGCGCUUUCAAGAAGGAACUGAUCGAGUCAACCUACCCUGAGAUUCUUCGCUCCAACUUGUCAUCAACGGUGCUCGAACUCAAGAAGCUUGGUAUCGAUGAUCUUGUCCACUUUGAUCUGAUGGACCCACCCGCGCCAGAGACUCUGAUGAGAGCAUUGGAGGAGCUCAACUACCUGGCUUGUCUAGAUGAUGAUGGAAACCUUACUCCUUUGGGUCGUCUGGCAUCCGAGUUCCCCCUCGAUCCCGCCCUUGCUGUCAUGUUGAUCAGCUCUCCCGAAUUCUACUGCUCUAAUGAAAUCCUGUCAAUCACCGCCCUCCUGUCCGUGCCCCAGGUCUUCGUUCGUCCCGCUGCCCAACGCAAGCGUGCCGAUGAGAUGAAGAACCUCUUUGCCCAUCCCGAUGGAGACCAAUUGACCAUGCUGAACGUUUACCACGCCUACCGCGGCAGCGAAGCUCAGGCGAACGCUAAGCAGUGGUGCCACGACCACUUCCUCUCCUUGCGCUCCCUCCAGUCCGCCGAUAACGUGCGCUCUCAGCUGCUGCGCAUCAUGGAACGUGAGGAUCUCGAGAUGAUCUCUACUCCCUUCGAAGACAAGAAAUACUACGAGAACAUCCGCCGUGCUCUUUGCGCCGGUUUCUUCAUGCAAGUCGCCAAGAAGGAUACCGGUGGCAAGAGCCAAUACCUUACCAUCAAGGAUAACCAGAGUGUGCUCCUGCACCCGUCUACCGUCUUGGCUCACGAGGCCGAGUGGGUCUUGUACAACGAAUUCGUCCUUACUACCAAGAACUAUAUCCGUACCGUCACUGCUGUCAAGCCUGAAUGGCUUCUGGAUAUUGCUCCUACCUACUACGAUAUCAACAGUUUCCCCAAGGGUGAUAUCCGCUCUGCCCUUACCCGGGCUGCUGAUCGCCUCGCUCGCAAGGAGAAGAUGCGCGCCGAGAAGCGCCGAUAG